UGCUGGUUGAAGACGGUUUCCCUUUGUGUAAGACAUGUGGACGGAGAGUGGCAACGAAACAUGGGAACACGUUUAACAUGUUCGCUCAUCUCCGUGACAACCAUCCGAUUCAAUUCAGGGAUAUAAAGAGUAGCCAUGCAUCUAGCAGUGCUGGUUCAUCUUCAGCUGAAGCCAUUGUUCAGCCAACAGUAAAAGAGGCAUUCCAGCGUCAGGCUUCAUAUGGACCCUCAUCUCAUCGGGCCAAAGAAAUACAUCAUGCAAUAUCCUAUUAUAUUGCUAAGGACAUGAUACCAAUUCACACUGUAGCAAAACCAGGAUUUCAGAAACUGAUGAAGACUACAGUUCCACUUUACAAAAUUCCUUCAGAGAAGUUUUUCUCAAAAACAGAAUUACCCAAAAUGUACAACAGUUUAAAAGAGGAAAUUGGCAAGCGAAUAGCCCGGGGGAAAUGGUAUGCAGCAACCACUGACCUGUGGACUAGCAGUGGAGGAAGCGGACAUCCAUACAUCAGCUUCACCAUCCACUACCUCUUAGACUGGAAACUUCAAUCAAAUUGCCUGGAAACAGUUCUUUCCAGAAGACCACACUGCUGACAAUAUCAGAGAAUUUUUGGAUAAUAUGUUGCAAGAGUGGGGCAUCAACAAAGAGCAUCUUGUCAGUGUUACAACUGAUAAUGCUACAAACAUGAAAAAGGCCUUUGAGAGUGCCACCACCUUCCCCUGCUGCAAGUGGUUUGGAUGUUUUGGCCACAACUUGAAUCUGGCCAUUUCUAAAGCUCUGAAAAAUCAGAGGGUGGACACAGCUAUCCGAGCUUGUCGACAUUUGGUGCAGGGAUUUUCAAGGAGUUGGAAGAGGAGAAGAGAGCUCAGAAAUAAGCAAGAGGCCUUAAACAUCCCUCAGAGGUCGCUCAUCAAUGAUGUAGUCACUCGAUGGGGAUCGACUCAGAAAAUGUUGCAGAGGUUUAUUGAACAACAGCAGGCAGUCUGUGCUGUACUGGCAACUGAGAGAGGGGCAUGGCAUUUGAUGCCAAAGGAUGCAGAUAUUGCAGUCAUUGAGCAAGUCUUAAAAAUCCUAGAACCACUCAGUGCUUUCACUGAUGCUUUGGCUUCAGAGAGCCGAGUAAACCUGUCAGCCCUGAAGCCGGUGUUAAGUCACAUCAUCUCAGACAUUCUUGAUGUGAAAAAUGAAGACAGCGCCCUUACCAAAGACCUGAAGAGGUUAAUGAAGUCAGAUCUUGAGUCCAGGUACACUGAUGAUGCAAAGAAGGUGAUGGACUUGAUAAGCUUUGUUGAUCCACGGUUUAAGGGAAGCUUUUCUGAAGAUCUUGAGGCCACAGUCAACUUCUGCACUGAGGAAGCUUCAAAACUGACAUUCCAAACAGUGAGCGAGGGACUUGCCCAGACAGAGCAAACCAGCACAGCCUCCCCCACCCCCACUUCUGAAAAUCAGCGGCAAAGCUUGGCCACCCUUCUCAACAAAAUCACCUCCACAAGGCAACAGAGGGCAGAGGAGGGUGAACACAGCAGCACCCUGAGCCUGAAUUCCAAGAUUGAAGCAGAGGUAAAAGUGUAUAUUUCUGUGCCAGUAAUAAAAUCAGAGACAGAGCCAUUGCAGUGGUGGAGUCUGCAUACUGAAGAGCUACCUCAUCUAGCUGCAGUUGCACAGAAGUUUCUCUGCAUACCCGCAACAAGUGUUCCUUCAGAGAGGGUAUUUAGUGCCAGUGGACACAUUCUCUCACCUCUCCGUGCAAAGCUCAAGCCAGAAAAAGUGAACAUGCUCACAUUUUUGCACUUUAAUCUGGAGGACUAAAACAUGACAGCACAGAAGGAAUACCCGGAAGAUAACAGGAAUCGUUUGCAAAUGUUUAUUGUUGGCACUUUAAAGCUGUUCUUUUACUCUUAAGUAUAUUUAUAAGCAGUUAACAAUAGUUGUUCUUUUGCAGUUUGCACUUUAUUCUGUUUUAAUAAACUCACUUUAUACAUC